AUGGAAUAUUGGUUAUGCACGCUGCGUGUUACCCGACUGCGGGUGUGCGGCGCGCUGGGCGAAGCGGGCGGGGGCGCAGCCGGCGGCGCGGGCGCAGGCGCGGUCACCCUUGCCGCUCGCAUGCACAGUAGCAAACGCACAUUGCGCUCGAACGAUAUCACCGUACCACCAAUGGACGUAGAGCUAGAUCUGUGCUUCUCUCUGCAGUAUCCACAUUUCGUGAAACGAGAUGGGAAUAGAUUACAAAUCAUGUUGCAAAGACGCAAGAAGUAUAAGAAUCGCACUAUCUUGGGAUACAAAACUUUAGCUGAAGGAGUUAUCCGCAUGGACCAAGUCCUACAGCGUUCGAUGGACAUGGAGCUCGAGCUGACGAGCGUGGGAGGGAAGGUGGGUGCCGGCGCGGGACAGCCCGUCGCCAGGCUCACCAUCACCGGCCUCGCGUCCACUCCUGUUGACCACGACACGAAGAACAACAAUACUCUUCUUAUUACUGAACGUGGUUACUCAGAUGAGGAGGAAGAGGGGGAGUUCAGUUCCGUUGAAGAAGCAGACGAAAUGACGUAUGGAGCGGCCGCGCGCCGACGGACGCGGCAGCUCGCCUUCAACAAAGGAGAUCUGUCUUAUACCAAGCUGUCACGCUCGCACGAGCACGAGCUCAGCUUCAUGGAGAGGGAGAGAAAGAUACAAAGUUACAUUCGGGCGAAGGCGCAGGACAGCGAUAGCGAGCUGGAGCACUCCGCUAAGCGCAAGGGCAGCCGCGGCAAGCUAGCGCAACGCAAUUUAAAACAGAAGUUCGCAGCUCUGUUGCGGCGGUUUCGAGUGCCCGAGGAUAUGGCGGAGAGGGGCGCCGCGAGGGAUACGCACAACGCUCAACGCGAUAUCGAUGAACUGUUUCAGGAAUUGGAGUCAUUAUCAUGUGGUGAAGGUGAGGAUUCAGGUCCUGACCAGAUGGACACUAUAAGCAUUGGGUCCACCCCCAAACCUUCAUUAAGACCCUUCUUCAGCAGCUCCAGGAGUCUCGCCAACCAGGAACACCAUCGGCAUUCAAACGUGACGCGGCACGCCAGCCUCGCGUCCGCCGCCGAGCUGCGCCCGCGCGACCGGCACCCGUCCGUGCCUCUCACAGAGUCAGAAGCUGUACGCAGCUCUGCGGGCGACGAGCGCGGUAGCGAAGGCAAUAGCGAUGGCGACGCUACACUCGACGCCCCGGUGUCGGGGGCGUCUGUGUCAAGCUCUCCGCCUAACGAUACUAAGGAAGACAAAAGGUCUAGAUUGUUCCGUAGCGCGACCAGCGGCGGCAACCUGACGCCGGCCGCGGCGGCGCGCAAGAAGAACUCGCUCGUCGUCUGCACGGAGCGGCCGCUGUCCGCGCACGAACUGCCCGCGCAAAGCCCCACUGCUAUUGAGCCCCGGCGCACGAUCCUGGAGCAGGUAUCGAUGGUGCUGGGCGAGGAGGGCCCGGUGCCGGAGUGCGUGGCGGCGGCGCCGGCGGCGCUGGCGCGCGCACUAGCGGCGCUGGGCGUGCCCACCGUGCUGGCGCCGGGCGGUGACGCGCGCGCGCUCGUGCACGCGCUGCUCGCGCGCGCCGCCAAGCAGAACGCGAGGCGCACGAUCCGCGUGUGCGUGUGCGGUGGCGACGCGGCUUCGGCGGCGGCGCUGCGCGCGCAUGCCGAGCUCGCGCGCCGCCACGACGCGCCGCAGCUGCGCUUCUACAUCAUACCUGUCGGUGCGAACACGAUCUCGCGGUGGCUGGGCGCGGCGGACAGCGCGUACGCGGCACUGUUCUGCGGCGAGGCGUGGGCCGCGCUGUGCGAGCGCGCCGCCGACGCCACCGCGCCCGCGCCCGCGCACGACGUUGCCGAGAUGUCCUCCAGGAUGGCGAGGUACUUGAACAGCAUCGGGCCCGUGAACAACAUCCCGAUCGGCGAGGCGAUGGUGGCGUACCGCGAGCGCUCCGGCGACGAGGACUCCAGUCAGACCUUCGUGCCCUUCAUUGCGGAGGUGCGCGUGGGGUGCGAGGGCGGGCCCGCGUCGCUGGAGCUGGAGGAGGGCUCGCCGCCCGCCACGCCCGCGCCCGACGCGCCGCGCGACCCGCUCGAGCUGCAGCUCGACUACUGGCUGGUGGGCGCGCGCUGGGCGGAGGGCGGCGCGGGCGGCGCGGAGGGCGGCGGCAAGGUCACGCUCAAGGGCUACUUCCGCGCGCUGCUCGUCACGCGGCACAACCACCACCUCUGCAUCACGUACCUCACCAAGGAGAAGAAGCAGAAGAUAAUGAGACUGGGCAAGAAGAAGGAAAAGCCAGGCGAGGCGGAGCCGGGCCGAGCGCAGACCGUCGAGGGCGUCGCCAGGCUCAUUUGCUCGGCCAAGUCGCACAACGCGCCGCUCAAAGUGUACAUCGACGGCACAGAAUGGAACGGCGUAAAGUUCUUCCAGCUGUCGACGCAGUGGCAGACGCACAUCAAGACCUUCCCCGUGGCCACCUGCGGGGCGCCCCUCGCGCCGCCUGAGACC